AUGUCUGUGCGGCUGUUGCGGGGCGAGUUCAAAGAUCCAUGCCGGGCUUUCGACUUCUCAAACUUGGGAGACAUCGAGCUCAAGAAAGGUGACACGGGAGGAGCACUAGCAGCUUUGAACACAGCGAUUGAGGUGGAAUCUCGCUGGCCCACGAUAUGGCUUCAUCGUUCUCAGGCCAAGCUUCAGCACGGUGAUUUCGAGGGGGCCAUUGCAGAUGCCACCGCAGCCUUAGAGCUGGACGGGCGCAUCACCUUGGCCUACGCCUCGCGCGGAGAGGCUCGGCUGCAGUCAGGCGAUGCACUCAAUGCAGCCCUUGACUUCGACACCUUCCUUGCACAAGAGCCAACGCAUGCCAAAAUCUUGUGGCGAAGAAGCAGAGCCCGCUUGGAAUUAGGACGACUUCGCGAGGCACUGGCCGACAGCCAGGCUGCUUUGGAGGCUGGCGGAUUGACCAGAAAAGAGCAGGCCGACUGCCACCUGGUGACCGCCCUGGGCCGAAUGCGCCUGGCAGCGGGGCCGGAGUCCAUCUCAAAAGCCUGUACCUCCGCGCUGCUCCUGAACCCCGGAUUGCACGAGGCUAUGCUCGUUCGCGGCCAAGCGCAGCUUCGCCUGCUGCCUGGUUCAAGGGCAUUGGACGUGCUGGGUUGCCUGCUUGAAUUUGCUACCUGGUGCUGCCAGGAGGCAAGGCCAGAAGUCACCGGCGAGGAUGACCAAACACAGCUCGCGGCUUUGCUGCUGCAUUGCUUGGGCUUGCAGGAGAUGGAGAUGAUCGAGCCCAGCCCUGAAGAAUCAGAGCAAAGAGCCGAGGUAGAAACAGGACAGGAGGAGCAAGCCCCGGACAGCCCUGUGGACUCGCAGGACGGGGAAGGCCAGGCCAGAAGUCGUCCUUCGUCCUUCCACUGCUUUGCUGUGUUGGCCACGCAGGUCAGGGACAUGGACAGAUCAGAGAUCGAGGAGCUGGCAGACUUGUACACGAUGCUGGCUCAGGCCAAAGUGGCGCUGGGAGACUUGGACGGAACUAUUGAAGACUGCUCUCGUGCUUUGCAGCUGAAUGACUUGGCCUCGGAUGCUCAGCUGGGCAGCACGCGCCGAAGCCAAGCGAUUGCAGCCAGCGGCCCCAGUGUGUACUUCUGGGAGAACAGCUGGCUGAUGCAAGUGGACAAGCUGGACGAUGCUGUCGCAGAUGCCAACGAGGCGCUCCGCUUGGAUCCUUUGAAUGUGCCAGCCUACAUCACUCGGGCAAAGGCGAAGUUGAAAGCAGCGCAUUGGCAAUUUGUCGUCACAGAUUGCAGCGAAGCACUAGCUUUGGAUCUGCACCAGAGCAGUGCCUGGUCCACGCGAGCAGCGGCCAGGCUGGAGCUCGGUGACAUAUCCGGAUCUGUGAGCGACGCGCGAAGCGCGGGUGGCCCAAAGCUGACACAUGUGUGCGCUCUAGGUGGAGCCCUUCUAGACAACCUCGACAUCGUCGCUUCUGCAGAGGCGUCCAGCAAGGCUAUCGGCCUGGACCCGAGCUGUGCGCGAGCCUGGUUCAACAGAGGCUGCGCGCGGGCCGACCUGCAGGACCUCGAAGGUGCUCGAAAAGACUUCGACGAGGUCGUGAAGCUUUGGCCGGAGAGCUUCAUGGCUUUCGCUCACCGUGCCCAUAUUCGCCUGAAGCAGAACGAGCCCGAAGGUGCAUUGCAAGAUUGCGAACAGGCGCUGCAACUGGACAAGCGGCUGGUGAGAGCGAUGUGCACCCAAGCUCAGAUCAAGCGAAUUAUGGGUGACUUGAAAGGAGCGGUGUCCGAUGCAACAACAGCGCUCAAGUAUGAUCCAGACUGCGCGUCUGCCUUCUCCAUCCGUGGCCAGGCCUAUUCCAAGAUGGAGAAGCACGACAAAGCAGUCCAGGACUGCCAAAGAGCCAUUAAGCUGGACCCGCCAACCUUAGAGACUCCGAUGUUGGCGUGGCGGCACGCUUGUGCAUCUGAUCCGGUCCCGUCGCCGAUGACGGUGUGGGAGUUUCAGGCUCUGGCUGCCAAGAUGAAACAAGAAGCGAAGGCCCAAGCAGCGGCAGAGGCUGCAGCGAAAUGGGCACGGAAGGCCAAAGCCGCUGCUGCGAAGAAAGCCGAGGAAGAAGCACUGAGAGCAAACAUGAAGAAAAAUCGCACCAACCUCGGUCGAGAUUCUUGUUACAGGGAAGGUCAACUGGAAAGGACGAGCGAGCUUGUCAAGCAUGGGCGCACAUCUGCAUGCCCUCUCAGGCAAGAGUGUGAGGUGAAGCCGAGUGAGUGUGUAUCACCCAAUCGCUCCUAG